AAUUUUGAAAACAUUUGUUAGCGGAAACAAGGUCAAGUUACUUUGAAUCUGUGAAACGAAAAAUGAGACUGUAGUGACUCUACAUACCUCUCAAGAUGUUCAAAGAAAAUGAUAGCAGUUCUGGGGGCUGCAGCACUGCAGCACCCCGACCACGACGAAUGUUACCACGAUUUUCUCUGCGCCGACUGUUGUACUCAAGUCCACUUAUUGGUCGGCGAAUUACAAGAACACCCAGUUCAAGCAACAGGAAUACUAAAGCUAAAGAUUCAACUGGUGGCAGAGUUACAGAUGUUGAAAAAGGAGAAGCCAGAGUAAGUAAUGGUUCCAGCCAUUUUCAGUUUCAGAACAUAGAUUUGCAACGUGCUUCCAGUAAAGGCUCUGUACUUUCUUCUGCUGGAAAGAGCAGUGAAAAUGGCUUAAUGGAAUGUCACUUGUGUUUGACUGAAUCGCCAGUAGAAUUUUUUCCUGUGGUACAAUCUUGCCAUCAUCGCAGUUGUUAUGACUGCUUUCAACAAUAUCUUAAAGUUAAAAUAUCAGAAUCUAGAGUUAAUAUAGCUUGUCCUGAGUGUUCAGAACCAUUACAUCCAAAUGAUAUUCGAAUGAUUCUAAAUGACCAAACACAGUUGGAAAAAUACGAGGAUUUUAUGGUACGAAGAGUUCUUGCUGUGGAACCAGAUGCAAGAUGGUGUCCAGCACCAGACUGUAGCUUUGCUGUUAUUGCAAGUGGUUGUGCUUCAUGCCCAAAGUUGCGCUGUGAACGGCCAGGGUGUGAUUCAUACUUUUGUUACCACUGUAAAGCAGGAUGGCACCCUAAUCAAACGUGUGAUGCUGCUAGAGCUCAACGUACUCAAUACUAUGAACGUAGCUCAUCUCUCAGUUUUAGUCAAAGUGAUUCACAGCACAGAGAUGACAUGAAACCUUGUCCGAGAUGUCAGAUUUUAAUUGUCAAAAUGGAUGAUGGAAGUUGUAAUCACAUGGUUUGUGCUGUUUGUGGGGCAGAAUUUUGUUGGUUGUGUAUGAAGGAGAUUAGUGAUCUUCAUUACUUAAGCCCUUCUGGUUGUACCUUCUGGGGCAAAAAACCAUGGUCCAGGAAAAAGAAAAUACUGUGGCAACUUGGAACUUUGGUUGGGGCUCCUGUUGGAAUUGGUCUUGCAGCCGGUAUAGCUGUACCUGCUAUGAUUAUAGGUAUACCAGUAUGGGUAGGAAAAGAAUUAUAUACAAGGUACGAGAAGGCGAACAAGCACAAGAGGAAUGCCUUUAUUGUUGGUGGAGUAACUGCAUCGGUUUUAGUAUCGCCAAUACUAGCAGGACUGACCGUGGGUAUUGGUGUACCCAUUUUAUUAUUUUACGUCUACGGCGUCGUUCCGGUUUCUCUCUGUCGCAGCGGAGGUUGCGGUGUUUUCACAAACGGCACGGGAGUACGAUUCGAUUUGGACGAUGAAAAUGAACUCAUGGGUUCUUUGGGUGCCCGAAACGGUGGAGAUGCGGCAUCGAUAGAUGUUGCGAGUCAUCGCGGUGGUAAUCCUUCGAUAGGAGAAGCUUCACUUUCAUUGGGUAGUGGAAGUCAAUUAGAAAAGCUGGGUCGCGAAAACGAUCGUGAGAGCGCCAGUAGCGUCGUUCCGGGAGGUCAGAGAUUGGAAGUUCAAGCGGACGUGACGUCCACGCAGCGUUUUAGCUUAUGCAGUGAAACCGCGUCCGCCACAACCAGUUUAUCUGAAAAGUCUGUCAAUGCAUCCAUUGCUUUGGACGAUGGGGCAGCUUCUACGAGAGCUUUAGCGGGCUCUGUUCUAAAUUUCAAGAUGGAUAGCAGUUCAAUAAGCGGCGGAAGAAGUACGGAAGGUGAACAAGUGGCUGGCUCGGUUGCCGGCGGACACAUGGAUUCAGCUGGACAAGCUACGUCUUUAAGUUCACUUGAGGAGGUAGCGCCUGGUUUAGCAAAACGGGCUAGACGCAAACCGACAUUAGAUCGUCAAUGCAGUGAUUCAAGUAAUCGGACUGUCGGCGCAGAAGAUGGCGGCUCCGAACGCGUCAGGUUCGAUGACCAUGUCAGUUUUAUUGAAGCAGAUCAGGAGGGAAUUGUCAGCACGUGUGGCGUGAACACUAGAAACGGUGGAAGGCGUAAACGCAACAAAGAGACAGACCAGGAAACAGAUGCUCAAUAAACUUCGAAAACUUCUAAUGGUGAUUCGAAGAGUGACACGUGGGCGGACGAUAAUGUGUCACGGGAACGAGUUAAUUUGGCCACUUUAAGAAAUGUCUUCUUCCAUAGUUAUACGGUAUCUACGAAUUGCGAGAAGCGAUUAUCGGUGAUAGAAGAAUCUUUCCCUGUGGAUCCACGCAGUAAACAUGCUUACGGAGGCAGUAACAGCACUAACGCGGAGAACAAUGUACACUUUUAAAAAGAAAGCGAAGACUGAGUAUUUCUGUAAUAAUGUACACGCGUCUUUUAAAUACGAGAUACGUAGAGGAGCAUUUACAUAUGUGUGUAUAUAUGUAUUGAAGUGUACACCGCGUGCAUACAUUAACGUUGGAUUAAUUCUAUUUAUGCACACCAUGUAUAAGUGUACUAUGAGUGCAAUAGAGGGAACAAGCUGACACUCGCUUUGUAAAGCGAAUUACAUCGAAGUGAACAGUACACACCAAUUAUGCUUCGAAAAUGUGUGCGUGCAAAAAUGUUAACACAUUCGUACACAGGCCUUUGUUACA